ACUCAAUUGCAAAGAAAUCAUACAGUAGUCACUUGCUAUAUCGAGAUUCAUAAUGGGCGAAGCAGGCAUCUUCCAAAACGAACAUCUCCUCAUCCUACGCAGAAUGAACUGGCCCGAUUCAUGGCUAGACCAUAUUCGACGCCGGUUUCCACGCUUAGAAAUCACUAGUUUGGAUAUUGAUACUAGUAAACCGCUGGAAGAGAAUGUUCCAAAGGAUAUCCUCGAAAGAGCAACAGUAAUCGCUCUAAUGACCCAACGCCAUCUCCCACUUCCAGAAAGUGUACCAAACAUAAAACUAGUCCACACCUUCUCCGCUGGCGCUGACGGCCUCAUAAAUGAACCCUACAUCAAAAACACAGAUUUACCUCUGACAACCAGUUCCGGAAUCCACGGGCCCCCCAUAUCUGAAUGGGUCUUGUUGAAUUGGCUGGUUAGUUCUAAACAUUACAAUAGCCUCUACGAAGGUCAGAAGAGACAUGAAUGGAUAAGUAGGCAGUAUGUGCAGGUGACACAGAGUGAUCAUGUGGGUAAACGGGUUGCGAUAUUGGGGUAUGGCAGUAUUGGGCGGCAGAUUGGGAGAAUAGCGGUCUCACUAGGUGCCAAAGUCUACGCUUAUACUGCCUCGGCACACGAGACACCCGAAUCUCGUGAAGAUAGGGGGUACAUCGUCCCUGGAACGGGGGAUUCAGACGGCAUUUUCCCUGUGGAAUGGCACCACGGCACCAGCAAAGAUGAUCUUCGCAGGUUUCUACGCGAAACCAAACCAGAUCAUGUGGUGAUUUCAUUACCGUUGACGACAGCUACGUACCAUUUGUUCGAUAGUGAGGAGUUUGAGGUUUGGUCUGACGCUCUCUCCCCGUCAACAAUAUCAUCCGCAAAUGAAGGAGAGAAAUUCCCACCAAGAAAAGGCUUCCUAACAAACAUAUCUCGCGGCAAAAUCGUCAAUACAGACGCAUUACUCACAGCGCUCGAAAAGGAACAAAUCCGUGGCGCUGCGCUGGAUGUCACUGACCCCGAACCGUUACCUGCUGAUCAUCCUCUGUGGGAUGCGAAGAAUGUGCAGAUAAGUCCGCAUAUAAGUUGGUCCGGACAAGAAUAUUUUGUGCGUGCUUUGGAUGUGUUGAAGAUCAAUCUUGAGAAGUUGGAAAGGGGAGAGGAGUUGGUUAAUUUGUUUCAUAGGAGGAGGGGAUAUUAG